AUGCAUUUUCUCUCUUCAUUGUUGGAGGCUGCGUCACAUCGGUUGGUCUUAACCACUAUCAUCGGCUCCUUGACUCCACAGAUGUUUCUUCCGUUGUCUAUCCUCGGUGGAACUGUUGGAGUUUGGGAUGCCCUUAAAGUGCAAAUCGCACUUAUUGCUUGGAUUAUGGUAGCGCUACUCCUACUAGGUGUAGCUUUGGUGGUUUGCGCACCACCAUUUUCUGUUGGUUACUAG